GAGACGUAAGCUGGGCUUUGGUAUAUAAACAAGUUUGUGGUUGAGGUAGCUGAUAGUGGAGCACAAUCCAAAAUGGGACAGGCGGCGACUUUACCCUGCAGAAGUGGAGGCACCUAUGCAACAGAACUUUAUGAGUGGUUUAGGAAGUUUUUAAUCGAGUGUCCGAGUGGCCUGAUCACCCUGCAUGAGUUCAGACGCCACUUCUGCGAUGGAACUGUGGGAACGGAGUCUGCCGAAUAUGCUGAGCAGAUCUUCCGUACAAUAGACAACAACGGGGAUGGAUUCAUUGACUUCCGGGAAUAUGUGCUGGCCAUUAGCAUGCUGUUAGAAGGCUCAUCAGUGGAGAAGCUUCGGUGGUCAUUUAAACUUUAUGACAAGGACAAGGAUGGAGCCAUUACACGGUCAGAGAUGCUAGACAUCAUGCAGGCUGUGUAUAAGAUGAGUGUUGCAGCAUCUCUGACCGAACCUAAUCCGCUGACUGCUGAGGAAUGCACCAACAGGAUAUUCAUUCAGCUUGACAAAGACAACAAUGCCAUCAUCACUCUGGAGGAAUUCAUUGAGGGGGCAAUGGAUGAUGACUGGAUAAGACAGAUGUUGGCAUGUGACCCCAACACUGUAAAAGUAGAGCGACCUUUUAAAGUUUCCUCUGGAUCUAACGUACUGGGUUCAUCCGAACCUUCAGAAUAAAGGUUGUCUUAUAUUCUGGAACAGUAGAAUAGUAUUUUCUGACAGUCCAACUACACCACAAAUCUAUGUUGUUCCUCAUGUAGUUUACUUAGGGCAUGUUUAAAAAAUAAUAAUAAUAAAUACAGCAAAGGCAGCAUUUUCCCAGAUGUGUAAUGUGCAAUUUAAAGUAAAAGUAUUGCAUUGUUAAAUGUGUACGACUCUGUCAAAGUGCUCAGUGAAACCUUUGUGAUGCAUCAUAAAGUUCAAUUAUUGAUAUUUAAUAUUUGAUAUAAAACAAUGUAGAAACAUCAAGACAAUUCAGCCUUAAAAUAAGAGUGAUCAUUGGGAAUAAAUAUCAAAAAAGCAUUUUUACUUGUUUCAUGCAUGUCAAUAUGAACAUUAAAAAAAAUGACGAAAUUUGCUGCCUAGACAAAAAGUCACCAUUUAAGAAGGAUCAAAUUGUUGGGCUGCAUCAAACAAAGAAAACAACUAAGGAGAUUUGUAAUUAAAGGAUGCACAUGAAGCGAUGCACGCAUCAUUGAUAGUGGCCGUGUUAAUGUUAUGAUCCAGAAGGAAUUAAUUUUUUUUUUUUUUGACAGUGUAUGUUUAAUGUGAUCAUUUCAUACAGGCAUUUAAAAUUACUACAUGCCAUCUGUAGCUCUCACAAGAAUCUAGCACAAAAAUCUGUCUCUCGCUGCUUAAAAUUUGUUACAACACUUCCCAUGAAUAAUGAGUUGUACAUUAAGAAGAUAUCCCUUUUUUCUAUAAUAAUUCUUUUUAUAAUAAUGUUUUCUGCAUCAAAGGUGAUCAACACGGCAAAUUAGUUAAAGUUUCAUCAAACACCUUUAUUUUAAUAGCUUCCCUGUUACAGACAAGACAUGUCUCCUUUAGAAGGUCCUAUUCAGCAAGCUUGCUUCUAAAGCCUGAAAGCCUGUCUCUGUCUUUGAGUAAGUGCUUUGGUUUUUUAAGGGUUGUGGUGAUGCUGGAGCCAGUUCCAGGAACAAUGGUUGCGAAGCAGAAACACUCUUCGAAUGGGAGACCAGUUGACUGCAAGGCACGCUUACACAUGUAGGUUUGCCAGAUUAAAUUCCAGGAUUUUUUAGGGAGGUAGGACGAAGCCAAAGAACCUGGAGGACAACCAUGUGGACAUGAGGAGAACAUGUGAAACUCCACAUGUGUAUUAACUUGAAUUUAGAAUUGAAUUGGGAAUGUUGGAGCUGUGAGACAGGAAAUAAAUCAUGAUCUGGAAAACAAGAUCACAGAACGAAGACCACAAGCUCACAGAACCAAGAUCACAAGAUCAGAGGCAGAUAUGUUGUAAACUUGUGGGAAAGAGUGAAGGCCUCUGUAGAUUUCUGUAUUAAUGCGAGCUGUGUUUUAAUUUAAAAAUUAGACCCUUUGUUGCCUCUUUUUUGCUAUGGUGUCAGAUAGUUUUACAGUGAUAAGCUGAAUUGUACACAGACACACAAUAAAUAAAUAAAUUCUCCGAGAUUUGUGAUAAAA